GAGAGAAGAUAAAGUGAAGAAGAGUGAAAGGAAAAGAAAAAAAAAACAAAAGAAAAAAAAAGGGGGGGGGUAGAAGGAAGAUGUCUCUGGAGCUUCUUCCCCAUGGCGGCCGCCACCACCACCACCAUCCAAUCCCAUCAUCAGUCCACUCUCCUACCUAUCUCACUGCAAAUAUUCAAGCCAUGAGAAUGGCGGAACCCAAGAAAGAAAUCAACAGCUUCAAGAAGCCAAAGCCACAGCUGAGGUGGGGAAGAAAGAGGCCUCCACAAGCCAUCACCUGGCCAAGCUACAGGGCAAUCUCAGCAUCACUUGCACCCCUGGACUUGACAGAGGACAAUGUCAAGCAGGUCUUAACUGAUGCUAGAGCCGAGUUUGGGCAGAUCUUUGACGCAUCAGUUGGCAUAACAGGAGUGGCAGAACUGGCUGAAAUGGAUGGGCCCUUUGUGAAGAUUAGGCUGAAAGGUCGGUUUUGGCACAAGAGAUCUACUGUCUUGGACAGGCUUGCAAAUUACUUGAAGCAGAAGAUCCCUGAGAUCUUGGAGGUAGACAUAGAAGAUGAGAAGCAGUUGGAUGACAGUCCCGAAAACUUCUGAUGAGGCAGAGGACUUUGAGGGUUGUCUAACUGAAUUUGGGACUUCAUUUAUGGUCUCUGUUGUGUUAUUUUCUUUGGUUUGGUCAUUUGGGACAGCCAAAAACAUGGAGAUUUUGAGUCAUAUCAAUGAAUGAAUGAAUCCAUGGAAAUGUCUCUUUUAAGCA